GCUGAUAUUGAAAGGUUGAGUUCACUUUUGUGAUAAACCUCCCCUACACAAGAAUAGCCAUUUCCGUGGCAUUUUUUGCUUCACAAUAUUAUUGGAGUGAAAGGAAUGUGAAAAGACUUUCGCCCCAUGGAUUCCCAAACAUGUCUAAUGGAUAUCGUACACUAUCUCAGCACCUCAACGACUUGAAGAAGGAGAACUUCAGCCUUAAGUUGCGCAUCUACUUUUUGGAGGAGCGCAUACAACAAAAGUAUGAAGACAAUAGGGAGGACAUCUACAGGCAGAACAUUGAGCUAAAAGUGGAAGUGGAGAGCCUGAAGCAAGAGCUCCAGGAAAAGCAGCAAAGUUUAGAAAAAGCAUGGACAGAAGCAGAGAAUCAGAGCAAUAAAGAUGAAGCUGAGAUCUGUCAUCUACCAAAGAAUAAGCAUGUCUGUGAGACCCUGGGGAAAAAAAUCCAGACACUACACGAGAAUAUGUUUGAGGCUAAUCAGCAGCUAACUUACUGCGACAUGUCAUUCAGUGAAGAGGAAACUGUAUUAAAUUAUAAAGAACAUAUGGAAAAAAUCAGCUCGUUAAAUGCUAUGAAUAAGCAGCUCCAUGACAAAGUGAAUGAAAUGGAUUUUGAACUGAAAUCUGUCCAGCAUGCAUCCAAGAAACAGGAUCACAUAAUUCAGAAAUUGAAAGAGAUGUUAAAGAGCAAGGAAAAUGAGUGUGAAGAACUAAAUCAUGUAAUUCAUAACCAGAAUGAGAAAAUAAUCAAACUGCAAGACAUGCUACAUAAGAAACAGCUUGGACAAUUACAGAACUUAGAGGGCUGUUCUUCAUUACAACAGAAACAAAAGAUAGCAUUUCUUGAUGUACAGAAUGCUCUUUUCUUCACUCAGUUGGAAAUGCAACAAUUGAAAUAUGCCCAGCAGCAAAAGGAUCGACAGUUGGCUGAGGCUAAAAGGACCAGCCACUUUCUAGAGACAGCAUUGCAAGAAGAACAGCUACAGAAAGAAGCAGCUUGGAGACAUAAUAAGGAAUUCUUUGCUACUCUUCAGCACUUAAAAACAAAUCUACAGAACAAGAGCAUGCAAUGUUGUACUUUAAAAAAGGAAACAUUUUUGAGGAUGCACAGACAAGAGCAGAAAAUUAAGGAUUUGACAUACAGUCUAGCCUGCAAAGAAUGGCUUCUACAGGAAUCUAAGGAUCUUUUAGAGUAUCAUCAGAAUUUGGACAAAACGUCUACAACUGCUGAUAAAAUGGUACAGAAAUUGCAACAACUAAUUAAAGACAAAGACACUGCCCUGGAGCAAGCCAUAGGGGAGAAGUUCUCUGCACUUGAAGAUAGUGAACAGGAAUUGAACCAGCUUUAUUUGUCCAUAAAACAACAAGAUCAUGAUCUGAAAGGUCUACAACAAGUUAUUUCUGGCAACAAAGCUACUAUCCAGUGUUUAGAGAGCUUGCUAAAAGCCAAGGACCUGGAACUGGAGAAGCUAUUAGCAGCCAACCAGAAUUUGCAGUGGCUGAUCAAGAAUAUAGAAGCAAAAUCUCAGAAGUGGCAAUCUGAACAAGAAAGGAUUAUCCAGAAGCUUCAUGACAGAAACAAAGAAGUAGAGAUCCUUUCAGCAACACUGCUCUGCAAUCUGGAGCCUGGACAGAGGGACACCUUAGAAGCCCUGCACCUCCACCUUCAGCAAAAGGAUCAGAUCAUAAAAGAAUUCCUAAGGGACAAGAACCAGCAAGUUGUAGACCCAGUAGCUGAGCUUGAGGAGUUACUUCAAGCAUGGAACACUAGAGAACAACAAAGUUAUAUAUAUUCCAAGAAGAUUGCACAGGUUCUUAUAGAGAAGAAUUCUGAACUGCAAAUCCUGAAUCAGCAACUGAUUAGCCAAAUUCCUCAUCAAAAAAUGGAGUCGUCUAUUGUUCAGUUUGUACAACAAGAGGGCUCUAUUGAUGCACCAAAGCAAGAAGAUUCUAGCAUGAAUAUCCCAGCCAUGCUUUCUAACAGAGAUGACAGUAAAUUCAGGAGGGAUAAAGAUGAUUUGCAAACAACUGCUAGACUUGAGAGGGAGCUUACUAAAGCAAAAGAGGAGCUUGAAUUGUUGACACAAAAAGAAAGAGAAAGCACACUGAAACUCUCUACUCUUAAGUCUGUAGUGGCUUCCCAAGAGGAGGAGCUUCAAGUUCAAUCCUCUGAUAUUGAAUCUCUUACUAGAAGUACCCAGAUCAAAGAAGAACUAAUUAAGGACUUGCAGAUGCAAUUGAUUGACCCUGAAGAAAUACCAGCAAUUGAACGACUUACUCAGGAAGUUUUGAUGCUUCAGGAAAAGGUAGCAAAACUGGAAGCACGGGGACAGGAAACCAUAGGAAACAAAAGGCAGCAGCUACUGGUGAUGUUGGAGGGCUUAGUAGCAGAGAAGAAGCAGCUGAGUGAAACUCUGAAAGUAGAAAAGCAACUCUAUUGCGAUUUGGUGAAGUUUCAUGCUCACCCUGACAGACAAGAACAGAUCCUUCAAGUAGAACUGGAGAAGAUCCAGGCACUCCGUGGACAGCUAGAAGAGGUCCUUGGAAAAAGUGAGGAGUACCUGAGCAGGCUGGAAUCAUUGCACAGCAUAGGAGAUCUAACUGCAUUUGAUGGCACUAAAGAUACCAGCACUGAGUUUACAGAUAGCAUUGAAGAGGAAGUACAGCAUGGCUCUCAUCUACAGAAUGUUAAGUGGGAUAUCGAUGACAAUCUGAUGAGCCAUUCCAGUUAUCCUGCUCUACUGACUUUGAAGAGUGAAGGCAACCAGCAAGUGAUGCUUCAGUCUCUGAAAUUGAUGGUUCAGCAUGUUUUGGAACAGAAAAAGAAAUUGGAAGAAGAGCUACAGGACUUUAAAGAGCAGAUUGAGGAAGCUGGGUUCUCUUCCAUUUCUCAGCUAAAGAAGGCCCUGCUUAGUCUAUGUCUAGAGAAUGCAGAACUCAAAGAACAAAUUGGAGAAGCAAAGUUGUCAGAAGUUUGGGAGAAAGAGGAUGAAAAGGAAGACUUGAGGCAAGGUAUCAAGAAACUGCAAGAGAGACUGCACACUUCAGAGAUUGUGAUUGGCCUCCUUAAAGAACAAUUGACUCUGAAAAACCAAGGAUGCAAAGGCGCCAUCAUUCACCAGAGGACAGCUAACACAGCUCUGAUAAAUAAGCAAGAGCAGUGCACUUUCCAAGCUGUCCGUGACCAUUCACCUUUGUCGCACUGCCCACCCAGUCAAAUUAUGGGCAGCCCAGAAGAAAUCCAGGCUGAAGGAGGCAGAGUAUCAAGUAGUUUUGGCCAGAAGUCCGAACAAUCCCAGUGGAGGCAACAGUGCCACAAAAUACAAGACACACUCUUGGUGUCAGAAGCUACCAUCCAGGCACAGAUAGCCCAGGUCAAACAAUACAAAGCCCUACUCAGUGAACCUAUCAUACAGCAGAAUAACAAGCAGAUGCAGGUGGAUAUUCAAGACUUGGGCUACGAAACCUGUGGGAGAAGUGAAAAUGAGGCUGAAAGGGAUGAGGCUACAAGCCCUGAAUGCAGAGAUCAUGGUGAGCAACUAAAGUUUUGGAAGAAGUCAUUGGAGGCCCCUCUAAACAGACAGAUGAAACAGGAAACAUUCCUGGGUGUCAGCCAAAGUGAUGAUGAUGCAAUUCUCCGCCAGCAUAUUCAGGUCCUCCAGAUGCAAUUGCAAAGUUCCCACAAAGUUAUCCAGAACUUACAAAGUUGUAUGCGCUCUGUAUCCACUAUUAGUGACUAUGGUUCUGUGGGAGAUCAGCCACUCAAAUUGAAGCAAGGCUACACUCUGGGCAAUUCUCCUUCCCACAGUAUGACUGAUGAAGAUGAAAGCUGGCAAUCUGAUAGCUUUGGAACUUUCUGCCCACCAAGUCUCCAGCCCAACAAAGAUUUGGCCAGACUUAUACAGAGAGUAUCCCUGCUGGAAGCUCAUCUGAAUGAGACUAAGCUAAAGGAAUUUUUGACAGAGGAAUUGAAAUGUACAACCUCCUUGGGGAAAUAUGUCUCGUUAGUCCAAGCUCAAGCUCGAGAGCUCUCCCAUCUGCACCAGCUGAUGCGAGAGGGACAAAGGGUGUGUCAUAUACUAAACAAAUACUUCAAGGACACCAUCAAAUCCUUUGAAGAGCUUCUACGAAGCACUGACAUUGACUACUACUUGGGGCAGAGCUUCCGUGAGCAACUUGCAGAAGGGAACCAGUUGGCAGACCAGUUGGCCAGAAAACUGAACGAAGGGAAUGAUCUAAACAUGGAGGCCAAAACAAGUCAUGAAUUGCUUAUGAGGAUGAACAAGGAGCUGCAGAAGAUACAAUCCACCAAGACACUCCAAGCAAAACUACAAGAGAGCUCAGUGACCCCUUCCAAUAGCCAUAUUGUAUCUGAGUCACCCUGCUCUCAUAGCAACAUCUCCUUCCUCUCUGAUGACCCAGAAGUCUGCUCUGAUGUGGAUGACUUUAGUGAAAAUAAUAUAAGUGAAGGCCAAGUCUACAAUGUUCUAAACAAAGGCUUUUAUGAUGACUCCUUGUCCAAGCCAACAGGUUUGCUUUUAGCUUCACUGGACUCAGAACCAUCCUCCUGCAUGUCUUUGGGACCCCGAUCUUCAUGCUCAAGGCCCCUGCUUGGCUGCUGCAUAACACCAGCCUUCUCCCUGACUGAGGCACAGCAGGAGUUGAAGAUGCUGCAGAAGCAGCUUGGAGAAAGUGGCCCAAUUAUCUCCUCCAAAAACAGCUCUCAUGCUUGUCACCAUGUUCCUCACUUACUUCAUGUGGAAAGUACUGCUGAUUGGAAGAUUAAAUCCAAGGAACAAUUGGAGGAGAGCUACAUCCCUCCAUGUACUCAUCCAUUCAGGCAGCUUCAGGAGGGACUUGUCUCUGCAUCAUGUUGCCCACCAGCCCUUCCUACCCAGAAACCCUCAGGUGCUGAUUUUUUAGAGGAACACAUGUUUGAGAUUCAAACUCUCUGCCAGCGUCUAGAGAAGUCCAUUUAUACCAAUGACCUUUUGCGGAAACAACUGGAAAUAUAUCUCACCUCAAUGGCGAAGAGCAAUGAGUUGGAGCACCUGCAGAAGGCUCUGCUUGAGUUACAUUCAAAACUCCAAGAUGGCAAGGUGAAGCUGGAAUGGCAGCAGAUUGAGCGGCAGCAACUACAGGAACAGAUUCAGAGCAAGCAGCAAGAUCUUGUGCUGCUUCAAAAGGAGGUCAUGACUUUACAGAUGAACAAUUCUAGGCUUCAACACAGAAUGAUAAUGCUUCAACAGCAGUGUGAAGAAAACAGAGUGCUCUUCCAGACCCAGCAGGCUGAAUUAUGUGUCUAUGAAGCACAGCAUGGACCACUGCAAAAGGCAGUCUCCGGGACGCAUAAACUGCUGCUGACAGAAGAUGCAAAGAACCAAGGAAUUCAUGUCAUAGGAUACCUUCAAGACUAUAAUACUCUUAAGAAACAGAUUUUGGAUGCUAAGAGUUGGAUCCACCAAAUGGCAUCACUUCUGCAGUCUGACGUGAAACUACAGGACAACAUGAUUUUCUGCCAAGAAAACAUCAAGAAAUUACUUGUCCAUACCAGUACUGUGCAUCAGAUCUUGGAGAAGUCAACUUCCCUCCUUGCAAUGUUUUGGAGAGCAUCACCUCCCAUGUCUCUCAGCUCAGCUCAAAUAAGAGAACACACAAAGGAUCAGACAGUAGCUGAAGAAAUCCAAAUACUUAGAGCCAAGUUGGCUGAGCAAGAGAAUCAUAUGCAGAGUGCUAAUCAUAUUAAAGGAAGUAUGGAGAACUUCAUUCUCACUCACUUGACUGGAACAUACAACGUGCUGAAGAAAGCAAGAAUCAACCUGGAGGGGAUAUCUCAGCAGCCUAAAUCCAUUUCUUCCAUUGGCCAUUGAAGAAACGGAUUCAUCCACACAGUCAGAAAUAUGGAGAAAGAAAAAUAGAUCCAACAUUCACUCCUAAUCCAUCUAAGCUUUUUCAAAUCAUCUCUUCAUAUGCUCUGCUGCUGGACUCAGUGGAAAAUUUAUUUGGAAAUGCUCCAGACAUUAGUGCAAUAUAAUAACUGGACUAAAGUUAUGUAUAUGGAGUGUACAAAUACACACAGAGACUAUAGCCAAAAUGCUAUUGCAAGAGAAAAGGAUGCUGUAAGAAUGGCACCCUCAGAGAGGUGUCCUUGUCUUAGUAUUUGAUUUUUAGAGUAUGGUGCAAGAAUCUGCUUAUGCUAUAGGAUUAAUGAUCAUCAAUUAUCAUUACUAUGGUUGAUUGUACAAUCAGCCAGAUGUUCAGAUUGAAUUUGGCAGUUUCUUCCACCUAUCAAGCCCUACCCAAGGACAAGGAAAUCAGAUGUAAUUCAGUGGUGAAAUCUGAACCGGUUUAGUACCGGUUCGGUGGCUGCGCGCUGCGCAUGUGCAAGCACAGUGCGCACCACACACACCAAAAGGGGGCAUGGGGUAAGUAGAACAGUGCGUGGGGGGGGUGAUCAGCUGUGGCGCGCAAUUUUUUUUUACUUUUAAAAACAUUUUUCGGCUGAAUAGGUUGUUAAAAAAAUGCUUUUAAAAGUAAAAAAAAGUAAGGUAAAAAAGGCUCUGACGAUCAGGCAGCUCAGCUGGGAUCGUCAGAGCCUCUUUUUUUUUUUUAACCUUUUAAAAGCAUUUUUUAAAAGAACCGGCAAGCAGGCGACCGGGCGAUUGGGUGGGCAUGGAUUUUUGCUGCCGGUUCUCCAAACCAUCUGCUGCCAUCGCUACCAGAUCAGUCAAUCCGGUCUGAACCAGGAGCAUUUCACCCGAUGUAAUUGUUUCAUGGUGUUAAAAGUUAUCAUUGCAGGAUGGAUGUACGCUCUUCCCAGUAAAGUUGCCUUUUGCAAUUGAGUAAUGGUGAUUUUGUCAGUGCUGAUGGUAUAGAAGUGGUGCUCCAGGUGUUUGGGAUUGCACCUAAUUAUUGUAAUUACCUUGCUUCAAAGGAAUGUGACCUUGAUGUAUUCUUGACAAGGGAGACCUUGUCAGCCUGACAAUAAGAUGGAUUUAUUUGAUGCAUUCUUUUGGAUUAUCUGAAUUCCUACAUUUAAAAAACAACAACCCUAUCUGCAAUUUACAGGUGAUGGAAAUUGGCUCAUAAAUGUCAUCAUUUUUUAGUUAUUCUCAGUAUAAACAGGCCUGUACUGCCUUCUAAAGAAAGCAGCUUUUCAUAUUAUUGCGAACACUGCCAUUCUCUUGCCAUUUUAAGAGACUUUCAAUCUGAGUUUUAGGCCUGAAAUUAGCUUGGAGGCCUUAAGACAGGGGUGUCAAACUUACAUCGUCAUGGUGGUGUCACAUGAUGUAUUUGACUUUUUUCCUUCACUAAACUGAGCGUGAGCAGCACAUGAUGCAUCCGGCCCACAGGCCGUGUGUUUGAUAGCCCUGCCUUAAGGUUAUCUGGGUUAUCUAGAAGAGGGAAACCCUGUGAAAAGCAGCUUUUAAAGCCAUCAAUGAAUAUAUCUUUCUUCUAAAUUGUUUAAAUUAAGAACUAAGGAAUUUUUUUGACAGCUUUAUUUGGAUGACCAAUCAGAAUAGAAAGUCUGGAGAACUAUGAUUUACUCCUCAUAUUUAUGUUGAUUCCAUAUGUUUGUUCAACAAUAAACCUGAGAUGUGACCUAAA